AUGUUGAAGGGAUCAAGGCGAUCCGCGGUGGCGCUGCGACCAGGCUGGUGCCCGGCAUCGCGUCGCUUCCGCUCAUACGACAGAGACGAAUUGACCCCCGAGGCCCUCCAGCGGCAGGUGGAAAGUGGUCUUGGCGUCGAUGCGCUUGGAAACCCGAUGCGAGUCGACCCCGACGCAAAGACGGUAUCUACGGCUGCAGGCCCCUUGCCAAUUUCGCCAUUAUUCGAUCCAGAAUGGAUUGGCUCUAGGCGGCGACCGAGGAAGACAGAGCCUUCUCAGCCUAUGGGUAGAUUUCGGAAGAAGCUAGCCCUCAACCCGUUUGCGAGAGCAUUGGCGUCGCCUGUUCGUCUCUGCGCUCUCACCUCCCGUGCCCUACCCCGAUACUUCCUACAAGACAUGGAGGUUGUUCGUCAUCCCGAAACAGACAAGCCUCAUUUUGUCCCAGGUCCGCUGUCUUUCCACAGAGUCCAGCCGAAAUAUUGGGAGACGACCGACCCUACAGCAAAUGAAAUCGAUGAAGCGAAAGAACCAAUGAGUAUGGAUGGGGGAAUUGCGACCGCGAACGAUCCAGAAACGAGCAAAUAUGAGGAUAACCCCGCCGACGCGGAGAGAACAGGACGAGCCCCCAUAACGGCCUAUAUAGCCUCGGAUAAAGGCUUUUUCGAUCUCGUAGGAGGGCAAAAACCGAUGUGGCAGCGCAAGUUAUUAGGGACACGUUCAGGGAGCGCGACGCUGGGAUCGUUUAGAGAGGCCGAAUUUGCUCCCAACACGGGUGAUCUCCUCCUGGGGAUGCUGCGGCGGGCGGCAGUAGAUGCACUCAUUGCACGAUCGAACCGAACCCAGCCGCCGUUGGAUAAGUUCGUGCAACCUGUCAAGAGCUGGGAGGAGACUGGACUUGUUCGACGACGAGGCUGCAUACUGUGGCUGCCAUCAGGACAAUCACAGGACCAGGAAAAAGAGGGAUUGGCAAAGACGAGAUAUGCAACCUAUGAUUUGAAGGAUGUGGCCUAUGACCGGAAGAUGCCGGUUCACGACCUGAGAUGGCUGCUUGGGGACGAAGAGGUCGCGCGACUGCGUGCCGAUGCUCCAGAUAUCUUUGGGAGUGGCGAGCUUUUUGUGCUGAAGACUUGGAAGUCACACAGCAUGGUCAACCUGCAUCUCCUGUUGUGGAGGCUUCAAGGGUUUAUGCCGCAAGACCAAGCUCAAUGA